GAUCGUCCAUGCCUUCUUUUCUAUACCUCGGCUCAAUGCACGUGGAUCUUGCCUGCAAAUCCGGCUUCCUCUAGAUCUUCGCUCCCCUACAGCAGAUUCUUGGUCUUCUUUUUCUUUCUUUUUUCCUUCUUUCGAUCGGGAAACCUAGUUCUCGCUUGGAGCAGGAAGGAGAUCUGCAGAGGGUAGGAUCCUAUUGGUCGUGCUCGAUCCCCCCUCUCUUUCCUGUAGAAAUGGCCAAUGAAACUAGUAACGAACAGGCUUUUAUGGAAUCUUCAGCUGCUACAAAUGCUGAAAGAAAAGAAACUCGAACUGCAAAGACAAAAGGGAAAGGAAUAAUCUCUCGAAUUUGGAAUGGACUUUUCAGAAUACGUAACAAUGAUUUUGAGAAGAGACUGCAACACAUUUCCAAGGAAGAAGCCUCUGUCCUAGCCAGAAUGAACACGAGAUCUCUAAGGUCGAGAAGAAUGGCAAGGCAUCUUAUAAUAUUCUCUGUGAUUUUUGAGAUUAUUGCAGUGGGUUAUGCUAUCAUUACAACAAGGUCAAUGGACUUGAACUGGAAGACGAGGGCAUUUCGAAUUUUGCCAAUGUUUCUUUUGCCUGCUCUAUCUUCUAUUUCUUAUUCAGCACUUAUAAGCUUUAUACGAAUGCGUGAUCAGAAGGACCAGAAAACUUUGGAAAGGCUUCGGGCUGAAAGGCAAGCAAAAAUUGAUGAACUUAAAGAGAAGACCAACUACUACAUUACGCAACAGCUCAUUCAGAGAUAUGAUCCUGACCCAGCAGCAAAGGCUGCUGCUGCAACUGUCUUGGCAUCUAAGCUGGGUGCAGACUCAGGCUUGAAGGUUUAUGUUGGAGAUGAAUCUAAGCCAAGUGUGCCAAAAGGGAAGAGCAAUGAUGUGGAAUUUGUGAAAUCAAGUGGAAUUCGAAAUAGAAACCAAUUGCACACCCGAUCCAGUAAUACAGGGAGCACUGUAUUGCGACAUUCCACUGAAGAAAUGCCAACCAAUCAGGGGGCAGAAGUUCCUGGAAUUCCAGAUCAUAGGCAGCCGAUUGUUGUUGAGCAUCACCACAAAGGAUCAACUACUUAUGAUGGGGGAUGGAUUGCCCGAAUUGCUGCAUUGCUAGUUGGUGAGGAUCCAACACAGUCCUACGCACUUAUAUGUGGCAACUGUUACAUGCACAAUGGGCUUGCUAGAAAGGAGGAUUUCCCAUAUAUUACGUACUACUGUCCACAUUGUCAUGCCUUGAAUAGGUUAAAACAAACAGAAGAGCACGUCUCUGGUUCCAAUUCCUGUUAUAUGGCAUCGGCUAUAGUCAGCAGCAGUGCUGUGAUGAACGAUGGUGGUGGUUCUGCAUGUGAUACUGUACCAGCAAGCAGCAGCAUAGGAAAGGCUGCAGGAGAUAUGGCUGUAGGUAGUGAAAGCAUAGGAUCAUGAAAUUUAGACAGUUAAAAAAAUGCAAAAUUGUGUGGAUGUGUACAGUGUGGGAUGUAAUGAGGUUUAAUUAUUUGUUCUGGUGUAAUAAAAAACCUGAGGGUUUUCUUACCAAGAAACUGAUGAUCCACAUAAUAGAUUUGAUAACAGGUCAACUGAUUGUUGAUAUAAAAUGUCUUGUUUUGUUU